GGCUGGGAUAUUGAAUGGUUAUCUUUUGUGUUACAAAAAUUAACAAUAGGGAAUGAAGACACAUCUUGGCUAUGCUAGCCAAGAAAACCUUAUUCAAUUCUAGUCGAGAUCGAAGAGAAAGAAGCUAGAUGUAAGAUGGAGGCCAGCGAGUGAUUCCAGGUUUGCCAUCUGAAAUAGCACACCUCUCACAAACCCCACAAGUGAUUCUGCUUUUUCUAUCACAUUAUCAAACUAUUUUGCCCAGAUAAUCUGCCCAGCAUACGUUGGAAACGCAAUGUCGGGUGCCGACCAAAGGGGAUCGUUCCUCGGAGCAAUCUCUCCCUGGAGCACCCCACGAAGUGCCACCCCUCAGCCGUCCACGCAAGAUCAUCUAGAAUAUAAAGGUGCAUUGCAGCGCUCUCAGGGAAACGACCACACAGUCACUGCGCGGAACUGGGUUAGCCUGUCACAAUAUCCUAAAGACUGCCCUCCAUUGAGGGCAAGAUGGUUUUAUGCAGUGGAUUCUCCCAAACGCAAACCGCUCACCUCAGAUGUCAAGACAAACACAGCUAAACAACUGCCUCUACCAAAGAAAUUUGUUCCUUUUUCUGUGAAAGAUUCACAGUCCAUCGAGGCCGCGUUCCACAAGCUCCCUAACCUCGAGAGUGCUAAAGAAGGCCAUCAAGAAUCAAGCUCUGCUCGGAAGGGCAAGGAAGAUGCCAUAAAGGUUCCAGUCAACGAGGACUACCUUUUUGACGUCAACGUGGAUGAGAGGGAGAUCAGUCCAGCGUACUGGAUAGGCCCUGUCUAUGAGGUUCGACGCGGAACCUGGUUUUUUCAGGAUGGAUCCACGCUUAAACCAUGUGAAGAAAACCUGGCAACUCAACUUGAGCAAGGGUAUCUGAAAGUAAAGCCAUGGCAGUCCCGGCAUGCUGCGAACCCGACACCUACACCGUCUUCGACCAAGAUAGAUGAAAAUGGUAAAGCUAGCCAUUCGCACGAAACAAGUUCUUCUGAUGGACACCAAUCUGGAGGAGUAGUUGGCGCGAAGCCCGAGCCUACCCAAAGCACCUUGCCUUCAGCAAAGGAACCACCCCACCUUCGCCUAUUCGGUGCCUACAUGAAUAGCACGGUAACAUAUACAGAUUCUUCGACCGCGCUGUUAAACCAGGAUGACUUCAUGUCGCGGGUGGGUAGCACUCUAUAUCUGAAGUUCGGCGGUGUUGCAGGUACAAGAGUCAUCCGCGGGUACAAUGAACUGAAUAAAGUCAACGGACCGAUCGAUACUCCGACUGUUGACAACAAGUCGGCAAAUAGAGAAGUGCCACAAAGGGACCGAACUCCGAUCAAACCUGAUACAUCAACAUUGGUUUCCAGGCAAAGUGAUGGUCCCGAAACUACUCAGGCAUCAGCAUUCCAGCCUCGAAAUUCAGGAAACAAGAAUGUGGUCUCAGAUAUCAGAUCUCCUCUUGAGCGUCAAAUGUCCUCCCUUGCUGGCGAGCCGCAGGAUACAACCGAGAUUGAGGAACAGGCACGCCAACAAGAGGAGAAGGAGAUGGAAGACUCGAAAGACGUAGAUGAAGAUGAUCGAGAACGGGAGGUCGAUCAUCUCAUUCUGGUAACACAUGGAAUUGGUCAACGCCUUGGCCUGCGACUUGAAAGCAUUAAUUUCAUUCAUGAUGUGAAUGUCCUGCGCAAAACAUUGAAGAGUGUAUACAAGGCCUCCCCUGAUCUUCAAGCUCUGAACUCGGGGUUUGCAGACAAUGACAGAAACUGUCGUGUCCAAGUUCUACCUGUGUGUUGGAGGCAUUUGCUUGAUUUUCCUAACAGAGAAUACAAACAGAAUCGCAAGGAACAUGAUCUAGCUGAUGUCGAUGAUCUCGAAGACGACCUCUACCCUAGCCUAUCGGAUAUCACUCUUGAAGGGGUUUCGUCUGUCCGAAACCUGGUCUCUGAUCUUGCGAUGGAUGUUCUUCUUUAUCAAAGCGCUUACUGUGAGCAUAUUGAGAGCAUAGUGCAGCAAGAAUGCAAUCGAAUCUACGAACUUUUCAAGAAACGAAACCCUUCUUUUCAAGGAUCAAUUAGCCUGUGUGGACAUUCUCUUGGAAGUGCGAUCCUGUUCGAUAUCCUUUGUGACCAACAGGAUGAUCCGGGUGCUGCUCAGCUUAGCUCUGGACAUCAUCAAAGCAAUAAACCCCUUCGUCAAGGCUUACGCGAAAAAAAUGGGUUCCCACUGGACUUCGACUGCGAAGAAUUUUUUUGCUUAGGAUCACCAAUCGCCUUGUUUCAGAUGCUCAAGGGCAAACGCAUUGCUGGUCGAUCUUCUGUUAGUACUGACCCUGCGAGAAGACCAAAUGCGGCCGGGAUUGAAUCUCAGGAAUCUUCUACCUCAGGGCAUCGUUCUGUUAAAAGUCGUCCUAGCGAUGCAUUGGAGGUCAUAUCGCCGACUGUGUCGUCCCCCAAAUGCCGGCAAUUGUAUAAUAUUUUCCACCCCUCAGAUCCAGUGAGCUAUCGCAUCGAGCCUCUAAUAUCUCCUGCAAUGGCGGCUCUCAAGCCGCAACCUCUACCAUGCAUCAAGAAAAGUCUGUGGGCGGUACCGGGUCAAAGUCUGUCGAUUAUCGGCACUCGUGUCGGCCAAAGUGUGGGGACUUUAUGGACGAACUUUGCGUCUGGUGUCGCAAGCAACUUACUGAAUCGAAGCCUUGGCUUGAAUUCGGAAGAUCUACCACCUCAGCCUACUCCGGGGACCGGAGGUAACCUACAUCAGGCAGACUCUCUGCGUGUUUCGAAUGCCAAUGCAGGUCAAUCUCGGACUCUCAUUGAACAGCAAUUGGUGACUCUUUAUGGUGGAUCUGAGAAGACUCAUGAAAAGGGAAAGGAGACGGGCCCACAAUCAUCUAGACCUGAAAAUGCUGCUGAGUCUCUCGACGUCGAUGAUCGUUCCAGGAGACUGAAGAUCGAAGACUCGAAGGUCAGGGCCUUGAACUCAAAUGCCCGUGUUGAUUACAGCAUACAAGAGGGCACCUUUGAUAUCUCAUUGAUUGCUAGUAUUGCCAGUCAUCUCUCAUACUGGGCUGAUGAGGACGUCAAUCACUUUAUGCUUUCACAGUUAUUAUCCGGGAAAUCUAAAUGAUAGAGGAUUUUAAGACAUCAUUUAGCAUAUUAAGAAGGGAAAACAGUGCAUUAAAAGAUUUAGUGGUUAUAAAAAGAUAAUGGUUAUUAUAUAUAUUGUUGUUGACUAUCUUGUUAAUAAAUAUAUAACUAUAAGAAGACACUGUACUGC